AUGAGACUUGAGGAGCAUUUAGCUCACUUGGGCGUUGUACCUAGAAGCUAUACCCUGGUCGUUAUACCGGUGCUUAUUUAUCUGAUCUACAAGUGGACGCUGGCGACCGAUAUACCUCACAUCAAGGGCCUACCAGAGAUUCCGGGAGCGGUUCCAGUUUUCGGGCAUCUCCUACAACUCGGCGAAGAUCACGCAACUGUUUGUGAGCGAUGGUGGCGUGAAUAUGGCCACUCGGCCUUUCAAAUCAAGCUUGGAAACACACGGGCUGUGGUGGUCAACUCUUUUGAUGACUGCCGGAAAAUGCUUCUUGGUCACCAGAAUGCAAUCAUCGAUCGCCCAAAGCUAUACACCUUUCAUGGAGUUGUGAGCAGCACCCAGGGAUUCACCAUCGGUUCAUCGCCUUGGGAUGAAUCAUGCAAGAAGAAACGCAAGGCCGCUGGUACGGCUCUGGGAAGACCUGCCCUCCGAAAUUAUCACCCGAUGUUUGAUCUGGAAAGUUACUGCAUUGUCCGCGACAUUCACCGCGACAGCCAUAAUGGCCAGAUGGAAAUCAACGUGCGACCAUACAUCCAACGAUUCGCUCUGAAUACAACCUUGACACUGUGUUACGGGAUUCGCAUGGAUGCCGUAUAUGACGACCUCCUACGCGAGAUUCUACACGUCGGCUCUGCCAUUUCACUUCUACGAAGUGCUUCUGAGAAUCUGCAGGAUUAUAUUCCUAUACUUCGAUAUCUUCCUAACAACGAAAAAACUGCCCGAUCGAAAGAGCUGCGUGAUCGUCGCGAUGCGUAUCUCAAUCUUCUACUGGACAAGGUGCGGGCAAUGAUUAAGAAGGGCACCGAUAAGCCUUGUAUCUCUGCUGCAAUUCUCAAGGACGAAGAAACAAAACUCACCGGAGUUGAAGUUUCCUCAAUCUGCUUGUCGUUGGUUUCUGGGGGUUUCGAGACCAUUCCUGGUACUUUGACCUCUUGUAUUGGCUCUUUGUCCACUCCAGAGGGACAGGUUUGGCAGGAUCGUGCUUACGAGGAUAUCAAACGCCAUUAUCCGGAUAUUCGCGAGGCUUGGACAAGCUCUAUCUCAGAGGAGAAAGUUCCAUACGUCAACGCCAUCAUCAAGGAAGCAGGCCGUUAUUAUACAGUCAGCGCCAUGAGCCUACCGCGGAAAACCGUCACAGAAGUGAACUGGAACGGAGCAAUCAUCCCACCUAAGACGAUGAUUUUGAUCAACGCUCAAGCGGGAAAUCACGACGUGGAUCAUUUUGGCCCAGACGGUGGCAAGUUCGACCCCGAAAGGUGGCUCAAGUCCAUCGACCCACCAGUCGAGACGGAGGGGAGUGGUUUGCCUCAUCUGAGCUUUGGAUCUGGAUCCCGGGCAUGUUCGGGUCAGUUUAUUGCGUCACGGCUACUUUACAGUGCUCUGGUGCGUCUUAUCUCCUCCUACAAGAUCGUCGCCAGCGAGGAGAAUCCGCCCAAUACGGAUUAUGUGGAGUACAAUCAGUUCAAAACUGCGCUUGUUGCUAUUCCCAAGGACUUUAAGAUCAGGUUGAUCCCCAGAGAUAAUGCUAUGACUAGUGAAUGUUUGAAUUUGGCGGAGCUUCGCACAAAGGAGCAUUAUAAGGAGUGA